UAUGAGGAAUUGCAUUAGAUCAGCUUUUCGUUAAAAUCUUUAACUUAGAGGUGCAUGGUCUUAAAAUUAUUUAUAAAGGCCUGGAGAAGGAGCAUUAAAAAAUGUUACUUUAAUACCUGGAGUAGGAAUUGGACCUGAAAUAACAAGUAUUAAAAUAUAGCAAAUUUUAGAUAGUGUUAGAACUGUAUUUGAAGCAUUACAUGUUCCAAUCAAAUUUGAUGUGUUAGACAAUUUCAAUUUUGAGAAUGAUGAUUCAAAAAAACAAUUAAGAAAAAAUGAAUGCAUUCUAUUAGGUGUAAUGACUGAAAAGAAUUAAAAAUAUACAGACAAUUACAAAUUCUAUAAAUAUUUAGAUUUGUAUGCCAAUAUUACUUUUGCUUUCUCUUUUGAAGGAAUAAUAUAAAGACAUCAUAAUACAGACAUAGUUGUGAUUAGAGAAAAUACUGAAGGUAAAUAUCAUAAUUAUAUAUUUCUCAGGUGAAUACUCUGGUGUAGAACAUGAAGUCUAUCCAGGAGUUGUAGAAUCAAUCAAAGUAACUACAAAAUAAGCAUCAUUAAGAAUUGCUGAAUAUGCAUUUGAAUUUGCUCAUCUUAGUGGUAGAAAGAAGGUCACAGCUGUUCAUAAAGCUAAUAUUAUGAAACUUGUUGAUGGACUAUUCUUAUAAGCCUGUAGAGAAGUGGCAUAAAGAUAUUCAUUUAUUAAAUAUGAAGAAAUGAUCAUUGAUAAUUGUUGUAUGUAAUUGGUCAAAAAUCCUACACAAUUUGAUGUAAUGGUUAUGCCAAAUCUUUAUGGAUCAAUUGUAUAAAAUGUUGUAGCUGGUAUUACUGGAGGAGUAGGUAUGGCUGCAGGAGCAUCAAUUGGUAAAGAUCAUGCUCUCUUUUCUUAAGGUUGUAGACAUACAGGAAGAGAUAUAGCAGGUAAUAAAGUAUAUAUUUUAGGUAAAAAUGUUGUGAAUCCUUCUGCUAUGCUUGUUUCUUCCACUCUUUUAUUAAGACAUCUAGGUUUACCAAACUUUGCUGAUUAAAUUUGUAGAGCUGUUUAACAUACUAUUUAAGAUAAAAAUGUAACCAUUUAUAUUUAAUGUUUUAGAUUAAAACUAAAGACAUUGGUGGAAAUGCCACAACAGAUCAAUUUACAAGUGAAGUUAUUAAAAGCUUAGGAAGAUGAUA